GGAAAAAAAACAAUAUGAGUUCCUCAUUCUUUAAUGUUUUAGUUGUGUUUUUCUACCUUGUCUUAAUAGGUCUUGUAUGUUGGCUCCAAUCAUCAGCAGUAACAAUAACAUGUUUAGCACUGUCAAGCAUCACAGAAAUAAGCAGAAAAAUGAAGAAGAAGAAAAAUAGUACUAGUUAUAGAUUACCACCUGGUCCAAAUGGGUUACCAAUUCUCGGAAAUCUUCAUAUGUUAGGCAAUCUUCCCCACCAAAAUCUUCAUAAAUUAUCUCUCAGGUAUGGACCCAUCAUGUGCAUAAAACUAGGUCCGGUUCCGGCUAUUGUCGUUUCGUCUCCGGACAUGGCUGAACUAUUCCUGAAAACCCACGACAAUAUUUUUGCAAGUAGACCAGCACGGGACGUGUCGGAGAUCAUGUUCUAUAAAACUAAGGGUAUGGGUUUUACUCCUUAUGGUUCCUACUGGAGAUAUGUCAGGAAAGUUUGUAGCGUACAUCUACUAAAUAGUUCUAAGAUUGGAUCUUUUGAUUCUAUUAGGGAAAAAGAAGUGAGUAUCGCUGUGGAGUCUAUUCGUUCGUUAUCCAUGUCGGGUGAAGUGGAAGUCAAUUUGACUGAAAAAAUUGGACGUUUAGUGGAAGAUAUAAGUCAUACAAUUUUUUUUGGAUAUAAGGAUGGUGAGAGUUUCAUCCCCAUUCUGCACGAGGUUAUGAGGAUUCUUGGAGCUUUCAAUGUGGCUGAUUUUAUUCCUUAUGUUGGUGCACUUGAUCUUCAGGGAUUAGAUCGUCGUACAAAGGCAAUAAGCAGACGUAUUGACAAGUUUAUUACUAGAAGCAUCGAUGAUCAUUUAAGAGAAAAAGUAGAACGACAACAACAAAAACAUCAGAAAGACAUCAUUGACAUUCUAUUGUCCUUGAUGAAUGAAGAUAAUGAAACUUCUCAACAUGAAGAUGAAAAGCUAAGUGGUUCGGACAUCAAAGCGAUCGUGUUAGACCUGCUGAUAGGUGGAAUAGACACAUCAACUGCAACCAUCGGUUGGGCCCUCGCCGAACUCCUAAGAAACCCGCAUGUUAUGAAACGGCUUCAAAAAGAGUUGGAAACAAUAGUAGGGAUGGAUAGGCUAGUGCAAGAAACUGACCUAGUGAAUUUGGAAUACUUGGAUAUGGUACUAAAAGAGACCAUGAGACUUCAUCCAGCGGCUCCAUUACUUGUUCCUCAUUAUUCAAUGGAAGAAGCCAAGAUAAACGGCUACGACAUACCUAAAGGAUCAUGGUUGAUGGUGAAUGUUUGGGGCAUUGCUAGGAACCAACAAGUAUGGUCACAGAAUGCUGAAGAUUUCUACCCUGAGAGAUUUAUUGGGGUUGAUAUAGAACUGAAAGGGAAAGACUUCAGGCUUACGCCAUUCGGGUCAGGUCGUAGGAAAUGUCCUGGUAUGGAAAUGGGUCUUAAGGCUGUUAAGAUGAUACUGGCACAAUUUGUUCAUUGCUUCGAGUGGAAACUCCCAAUUGGGAUGUCAACCGAAGAUUUGGAUAUGAAAGAAACAGCCGGCUUAACAGUUCCAAGAGCUGAACACUUGAUUGCAGUACCGAAAUACCGCUUAUCCUCAAGUGCUGAUGCGAGCAUGCAGUGACCUAUUAGGAGGCUAAAAACUCGACUGCUGUUAAACAAGUCAACUAUUUUCAUGGUUUCAAAUGUCAGUUUUUAUCGUUUUAGAAAAGUUUCAAGUUUCUUCUUUUACCAAUAACUUCUUCCUUAAGCGUACGUUUGCCGUCUGUGGAACAAAGUUUUAUUUUCAACGUCCUUUUAAUAAUCUCAAAUUUGCAAAAACAAAAAUAGCAGAUUUCGGGUACAAGUUAGAGUUUUUCCAAGUUUAUUUGAGUUUGUCCAGUUAUUUCAAUCAGUUUAUUGAUUAAUAAAGAUCUUGCCUUUGUUAACUCUCACGAAGUUUAUUGAAGUUUUAUCAUAUUCAACUUAUCUUCCGAAAUUAGUUUGCAUUCACGAAAACUCUCUUCGGCGUCCAUCUAGUGUUUCUCGAUAUGGAUGAU